UUCUCGUGAGCCCGACAGGAGAACAGUACGAUUCAUUACUGCGGCAGCUGAGGGAGCGGAUAGAAGAGGGAUGUGGAGAGACCAUCUAUGUGGUCGGGAUGGGCUCAGGUAGUAUGGAUGAUUUGAUCAAUUUUGUGCUCAAGCAAGUAAGUUUCCUAACCUAUAUUUCUAUCUGUGAGAGCAAACUGACACAGCUGGUAUCAGUCAAUAAAAACAAAAGCACAUUUUUCUGUUGGUUAUUGUGAUUUUUUUUUUGUUCCUUUUCUUUUCACAUUUUCUCUGCGGACUUUGGUUGCAUUUUAACCUAUUUAGUGUCCAGCUCAUCGUUAGCUGACUCUAGGUGGUGUAUUUUAACACAUUUGACCAAAUCCCUUUUUGAAAAGAGUUUAAAAUGUGCUUUUGAUCAACUCUCCAUUAAGAAAUGACAAGAAAAGGUGAACAGAUGGAAUGAUUCGAGACUCGGAAUCGAACCUGGGACGACCCGAUUAAGGACUAUAGCCGACGCACAUGAUGGAGGCGAUUAUGGUCUGGAUGAGAAGGACAUGGAGGCGUCGGUGGCCACGGUGCGGUCGCUGUGUGAGCAGAUCGAGGCCGACCUGAUCCUGCUGCGGGAGAGGACGGAAAGCGGUGGGAAGAUUCGAGACUACCUCAUCCGCCGGCGAGUCGGGGAGCAGGAUUUCCUGGAAGUGAGAGUUGCAGUUGUUGGUAAUGUGGAUGCUGGGAAGAGCACCCUGCUCGGUGUGUUGACCCAUGGCGAGCUGGACAACGGCCGAGGCUUCGCCCGGCAGAAGCUCUUCAGGCACAAGCAUGAAAUGGAGAGCGGCAGGACCAGCAGCGUGGGCAACGACAUCCUGGGCUUCGACCAGGAGGGUCAGGUUGUCAACAAGCCAGACAGCCACGGUGGAGGCUUGGACUGGACCAAGAUCUGUGAGAAAUCCUCAAAGGUCAUCACCUUUAUUGACCUGGCCGGCCAUGAGAAGUACUUGAAAACCACAGUGUUUGGGAUGACGGGUCACCUGCCAGACUUCUGCAUGCUUAUGGUGGGCAGUAACGCCGGCAUAGUUGGCAUGACGAAGGAACAUCUCGGCCUGGCGUUGGCCCUGAAUGUGCCGGUGUUUGUAGUUGUUACAAAGAUAGAUAUGUGUCCUGCUAACAUCUUGCAAGAGACACUAAAAUUAGUACAAAGAUUAUUGAAGUCCCCAGGCUGCAGGAAAAUACCGGUUCUGGUCCAGAACAAGGAUGACGUCGUCGUCACCGCCUCCAAUUUUAGUUCAGAGAGGAUGUGUCCCAUUUUCCAAAUCUCCAACGUGACGGGAGAGAACAUGGACCUGCUGAAGAUGUUCCUGAACCUGCUCUCCCCGAGGACCACUUUCAACAACGACGAGCCCGCGGAGUUCCAAAUUGACGACACAUACUCUGUACCAGGUGUGGGUACGGUGGUUUCUGGUACUACGCUGCGCGGAUUGAUACGACUCAAUGACACGUUACUCUUAGGCCCAGACCCGCUCGGUACCUUCAUCCCCAUCGCAGUGAAGUCCAUCCACCGCAAAAGGAUGCCCGUCAGGGAGGUCCAUGGUGGACAGACUGCAUCCUUCGCUCUGAAGAAGAUUAAAAGGUCAUCAAUUAGGAAAGGAAUGGUGAUGGUUUCUCCAAAGUUAAUGCCUCAGGCUACCUGGGAGUUUGAGGCUGAGAUCUUGGUGCUUCACCAUCCAACCACAAUAUCUCCACGGUACCAGGCCAUGGUCCACUGUGGCAGCAUCAGACAGACUGCCACUAUCCUGACCAUGAAUAAAGACUGCCUGAGGACAGGGGACAAGGCUUCAGUCCAUUUUCGCUUCAUUAAGACACCCGAGUAUCUGCACUGUGAUCAGAAGCUCGUGUUCAGGGAAGGUCGCACCAAAGCCGUUGGCACCAUCACCAAGCUCCUCCAGUCGGUGAGCACACAAGCUGCCAAAGCCCAGCAGGCCAAGUCUCAGGUCAGUAGGAAGUCUUCUAGAGAGGGAACGACAGGGAGUGAAGACACGGGGUCAGCAGCACGACCGCUAAGUCCAACUAUGGCAUCGACAGUGGCAGAGGAAGAUGCUCUAUGUAAAGAUGACAACAAAGAAAACAAGCUGAAACCCGGAGGCGGAGGACGUCGGCGAGGGGGACAGAGACAUCGAGGGAAAGGUCAAAAUCCCGCAACCAUGUCUUCAGCAAUGCCCACCGGAGCAGCAGGCUCGUCCUAAAGGCUGAAGAUUUCCUGCCUCAUCAUCCGGUUCUCUUAUAAACAUUGGCUCCCUGUCUGUUGUUUCUACUGUAGAAGGUGUAAUUCUCAGUGGGCCGCGGAAAGUGGUAUCGAGUUAAAAACAGGUUUGCAUUUGUGCAUCGCAGCGUUCGCUAUAUUUGUAGUUUGUCAGUACUUUCUGGAGUGGCAUCGUCUUUUUCUUUUCUAUCACUGUAAGCUGCCCUUAUUGCUGCUUUUGGAUGGAACAAAGGUAGCGUCAAACAAAUAAAUGUGGGGAAGCGCAACACUUUCGGUUGUUUGGAAGUCAUGUUUGGUUUUGCAGUGUGUGGAUGGCCGGCCGUAGAUCUCUGACUCAAUAAGCGGAGCUGCUUUAUUAGCCCACCCUAUCACUGAGGGGAGCCGAUUUUUAAAAAUUCCUGCUUAAGAUGCUCUCAGUGUGAGAAAAUAGUCUUGAUUUUUGGCAGUAUUUUGGAAAGUGGAAAGAAGAUGCCUGAAAAUUGUAGCUUUUGUUGCAUUUCAAAUCACAUAACACGUUUUUGGAGAAAUUUCUCUCCCUUUAAAAAAAAAAAAAUUAAUAUUGCUGAAGUUUGAUCUCUAAUAGAAAAAAACCCCACUAUCUGUUUUAUCAUUUCCUCAGUUUCUUUUAAUACGUUUGGUCCUUAAAACUAAAAAAUUUUCACUCCUUUUUUAAAAAAUGUUAACUAAACUGACUGUUAGUUUUUGCUUUCCUCUAGUCUUUUAUUUGAUUAUAUUCUUUAAGAUGCGUUAGGCACUAGUGGCCUCUAUUGAACAGUAAAUGGGCAGGAAGCUGGGUAGUUAGAGAAAGGGGAGGCCAGAAAUCGAACCCGGGACAAACCAUGUUGAGAACUGCAGCUAUCCAGCUAAUAUUGAUCUACAAUGGUAACUCGUAGGUCCAGAAGUCUCACUGUAACGAUGCAACGUCAUCAAAAGCCAAGGAAGAACAUCUUUAAGUCGCUAAAUUGCAGCUGCUCUUUUUUUUAUGUUGGAGUCCACACAAAUGAGCAAGAAGCAGCCAUUUUCUGACUUCAGAAAUGUUGUUAAAUGGUGAUGUACAAGAUUAAAUGUUUCUCUUCUGUAAUAAAAUUUUGAUUUUAUUGUUCAUAUUUUCCUUUGCAGAUUUUAAAUCAUAGACAAACCUUUUUUUUUGUGUAGAAGUCAUAAAGACUCACUAGUGAAGUUAAUUUUAGUGUCUUUGUUCGCUGUUUUUGUCAGAUUGUUUCAAAUACAGCAUAUGUGCAACCAGAAGAUUUUACAUGCGACCCAUAUUUGGUGGAGGGAUUUGCAUGAAAUGAGUUUUCAAAUCUUUUUGUGUCUAUUUAUAUUAAAAAAUGCUGGUUGUGUGAAUGAAAAAAGCAGUUUAAUUUAAGUGGUGCCAUGUUUAUGUAAACCCUUUGAAAUAAAUUUGCUAUAGAAAACUGACAA